AUGGCUUUCGACGAGGAAAACGACGGGUUGCUCCCCGUGACGGCGCCCCACAUGGCGCCAAAGAAACAGGCGGCUAAAACAGUGGUGCUCCCGCGGAAAGACUACUUGAACUUCGUAGUCUUGAUUCUCUUGUACACGCUCCAGGGCGUGCCGGUGGGGCUAGCGUUCGGCUCGGUGCCGUUCAUCUUGAAGUCCAAGCUCUCGUAUUCGCAGGUCGGCGUGUUCUCGUUGGCCUCGUACCCGUACUCGCUCAAGCUCCUCUGGUCGCCCAUCGUGGACGCGAUAUACAGCAAAAACAUCGGGCGGCGCAAGUCGUGGAUCUUGCCCGUGCAGCUGGUUUCGGGGCUCACGCUUCUAUACUUGGGGCUGGUCAUCGACAAGUUCAUGGCGGACCCGGCCUCGCAUUUGCAGACAAUCACGUUCUGCUUCUUCCUGUUGGUGUUUCUCUGCGCCACGCAGGAUAUAGCCGUUGAUGGCUGGGCCUUGACGUGUCUCUCGCCCGAAAGCUUGUCGUUCGCGUCCACGGCGCAGACCAUCGGCAUGAACUGCGGCUACUUCUCCAGCUUCACGGUGUUCUUGGCACUCAGCUCCCCCGAGUUCGCCAACAAAUACUUGCGCAGCACUCCGCUCGAAGAGGGCCUCUUCGACUUGGGCAGCUACCUCUCGUUCUGGGGGUGGAUGUACUUGAUUGUGACCGUGGUGAUGUUCUUCAUCCCCGAGGAGCCGUCCCACUUGCGCACGCGGAACAGCGAGAAGCACUCCAUGGAGCACUACAAGAACGAAGACCACCACAAUCGGUACACGGCCCUGGCGCCCAAGUACUGGCAGGAGUUGAAGACGGUGUACGUGUCGAUGAUUGCCGUGUUCAAGCUCCCCAAUGUGCAGACGUUGAUGGUGAUUUUGUUGUUGGCCAAGCUCGGGUUCCAGGUCAACGAGGCCGCCACCAACCUCAAGCUUUUGGAGAAGGGCCUCACCAAAGAGGACCUCUCCAUCACCGUGUUGAUUGACUUCCCCUUCGAGAUGAUCUUCGGCUACUAUGCCGGCCGCUGGUCGUCGGGGAAAAGCCCCUUGAAGCCGUGGUUGAUCGGCUUCGCCGGCCGCUUGUUCGCGGCUCUCUGGGCCCACUUGAUUCUCUACUACUUCCCCAAGAUCGAGAACGGCGAGGUGCCGUACAGAUUGUUUCUUGUCAUCAUCGUGCAGCACUUGCUCGGGUCGUUCAUGUCGACCAUCCAGUUUGUUUCGCUCUGCGCAUUCCACACCAGGAUUGCGGACCCGGCCAUCGGCGGCACGUACUUGACGGCACUCAACACACUUUCCAAUUACGGUGGCACGUGGCCCAAGUUGAUCAUAUUCUACUUGAUCGACAAGUUCACCUUGGCCACGUGCCACGUGCAGUCCACGACCACGGUGUACCCCAUCUAUUCUGACGAGGAGAAGCAGUCGUGCUUGGCAACGGGCGCGUCUGUCCACAUCGUGCGUGAUGGGUACUUCUACACCAGCACCAUCUGCAUCUCGCUUGGCGUCCUCAUCUGGUUCUGGGCCAAACGGCGAGUCAUGCAUUUGCAAGCACUUCCCCAAUCCGCUUGGCGGGUGAAUAAAGCCUGA